GGGUAUCUUGCAUGAUGGCAGCCAAGGACAUGAAGGACGACAGCGCCGUGGUGCUGAUCCUGUCCAAGGUCAAGUUCCCGUCCAGCACCGACUUGUAUCGCGCCCAAGUCACUGCCACCAAAGGGUCGUUGCCCAUCACCGUGUGGAUAGAGUCCCUUCGCUCCAAACAGCAAUGGUCCAGAGCAUACUAACACAUUCUCGACCGUCUCACGCAGGUUGCUGUGGUAGGGAGUGCGACAUAUCCUGCUUUGACGACCACAAGCCAUUGACGGCAGGCUACGCGCUUCCGUCAGAGAUGGUCUUCUCUGCGUUGAUGAGUGUGCUCACGAGCUCGUCCAAACGAGCACGAGGUGACCACCCGCCUGUGAACAGCGAACACUUUGAAGUGGAUCUGAAGCCAGCGACGGGAGACAAUCCGGACGGCCGGUUGUCGUUGCAGCUGGCCCUGCAGGCUUUCGUCGGACUUCGAGCUGAGUACACAUUUGAAAUGAUCCGUCGGCAGAAGCAGCCGCUGGAUGCGUUGCGUUCCCAGCUGUUCGCGGUGCAGGAGUCCGUGGACGAGCUGAAGGCGCACACGAAAAACAUCGCCACGCACCUCCCCAUCCCUUCGCCCCAGAUCGAAUGGCUCCACGUUGGCACCGCCGCCUCCACCCCCAGCGGCGCGGUGGUGCAGUGGCCGACGCACGUUCGCCUCCCCCAAGACUUGGCCUGCUUUGUGGACGAAGAAGCCACCACGCUGACGGUGCAGCGCAGUGGGCUGUACCACAUCCAAGUAGCUGGCUCGUGUCCUUCGAGUGCGGGCCGGCUCGAGCUGAUCGUGGACGACGUCAAGGUGGCAGUGGCGGACGCCAUCAAGCAAGACAAUCGCUCAAAGAACAAGACCCGCCUCCAUCUGUUUCACGCGACCCCGCUGGACGCGAACGCGCGGCUGCGAAUAGUGGUGGCGUCGGCUGCAUGCGACCACUCCAAGUGUGCCGGAGAAGCAUGCAAAAAGGUCAAGUUGGGGAAUGACGCCCAGCUGUAUGUGUAUGCACUGGGGUACCACGACAACGCUACGAACCAACACGAUACCGACAGUUCUGACGGAUACAGCGACUAGAAAUAGAAAACUAGAAUGACACACAAAUAUGUAUAUAUAUAUAUAUUAUAUAUAUACUGUAAACCAGUACUAUUAAUAGUAACGUGAACUCUCA